AUGUCAAGCAAACCUGUUAUCGUCUUCGUACCAGGAGCAUGGCACACGCCCGACAGCUUUCACCUUGUCACAGCUGAGCUGCAAGCGGCAGAAUACGAGACCAGAGGCGUGGAUCUCGCAUCGGUGGGCGCACAAACGCCACUCAAGGACUUCUGGCCCGACGUCGAAGCCAUUCAACGAGUCCUCAAACCGCUUGCAGACGAAGGGAGAGACAUCGUGCUUGUUGUGCACUCAUAUGGCGGGGUGAUUGGGAACCAAGCGGUACAAGGGUUCGUCAAGUCUGAGCGAGAGAAUGAGGGCAAGAAGGGUGGCAUAUCGCACAUCUACUUCUGCUGCGCCUUCGCGCUGCCCGAGGGUGUAUCGUUGAUGGACGCGCUCAACAAUAAACCCCUACCUUGGUUUCAAAUCAACGACGCUCAGGAUACCGUCACACCAGCAACGCCCAUCGAGACCUUCUACAACGAUGUCAAGGAGCCGGAGAAGUAUGUGAACAUGUUGAAACCGCACAGUUAUCGCACCUUCGCCUCCAAGGUCACCUAUGCUGGUUGGAGACAUGUUCCCAGCACGUAUCUGCUGUGCGAGAAGGAUGAGGCGAUCCCAAUACAUGCACAGAAGGGAAUGGUUGAGGCUGCGCAACAAGCAGGAGCUGAUAUGAAGGUUGAAACUGUCAGUGCGAGCCAUUCCCCAUUUAUGAGCAUGGCCGAAGAGAUGGCACGGUCGAUUAGAAGGGCCGCAGGCGAGACAGUGUAA